UUUCUGAAGGACCUGAAGAUCUUUCCAAUAAGUUGCGAUUUCUUGAAUGGCAUUCUUGCCCUUCAAAAUCAUUGCCAGCUGAUUUACAAGUGGAUGAGCUAGUUGAACUUCACAUGGCUAACAGUAGUCUUGAGCAAUUAUGAGUGCAGUUAAUUUGAAAAUCAUCAAUCUCAGCAACUCACUAAACCUGAUCAAGACUCCAGAUUUUACUGGAAUUCUGAAUCUCGAGAACCUGAUUCUUGAAGGUUGUACAAGUUUGUUUGAGGUUCAUCCAUCACUUGCACAUCACAAGAAGCUUCAAUAUGUGAAUCUUGUGAACUGCAAAAGAAUUAGGAUUCUCCCAAACAAUUUAGAAAUGGAAUCACUAAAAGUUUGCAUUCUUGAUGGCUGCUCAAAACUUGAGAAGUUUCCAGAUAUAGGAGGAAACAUGAACUGUUUGAUGGAGCUUUAUUUGGACGGGACUGGUAUUGUUGAACUAUCUUCAUCAAUUCGUCAUUUGAUUGGCUUAGGUCUAUUGAGCAUGAACAACUGCAAGAACCUUGAAAGCAUUCCGAGUAGCAUAGGUUGUUUGAAAUCCCUUAAAAAACUUGAUAUGUCUGGUUGCUCUGAACUUACAAAUAUACCAGAGAAUUUGGGGAAAGUCGAAAGUUUGGAGGAGUUUGAUGUAAGUAGAACUUUAAUAAGACAACUGCCACCAUCCGUUUUUCUUUUAAAGAAUCUUAAAGUAUUAUCUUUGGAUGGAUGCAAACGAAUAGCUGUGCUGCCUUCUUUGUCUGGUCUGUGUUCUUUAGAAGUACUGGGUUUACGUGCUUGCAAUCUAAGAGAAGGGGCACUUCCUGAACAUAUUGGCUACUUAUCUUCAUUGAGGUCUUUAGAUCUGAGCCAGAAUAACUUUGUUAGCCUGCCUAAAAGCAUAAAUCAGCUUUCUGAACUGGAAAUGCUUGUCUUAGAGGAUUGCACGAUGCUUGAAUCAUUGCCUGAGGUUCCAUCUAAAGUUCAAACGAUAUAUUUGAAUGGUUGUAUAAGCCUAAAAACAAUUCCAGAUCCGAUAAAGCUAAGCAGUUGCAAAAGAUCAGAAUUCAUAUGUCUUAACUGCUGGGAAUUGUACAAUCAUAAUGGCCAAGACAACAUGGGGUUGACCAUGCUUGAAAGAUACCUCCAGGGUUUGUCUAAUCCAAGACCUAGAUUUGGUAUCGCUGUUCCAGGAAAUGAAAUUCCAGGCUGGUUUAACCAUCAAAGUAAGGGAUCUUCAAUUAGUGUGCAAGUGCCUAAUUGGAGCAUGGGGUUUGUUGCCUGUGUUGCAUUCAGUGCAUAUGGAGAAAGACCUCUUCUUCGUUGUGAUUUCAAAGCCAAUGGAAGAGAGAAUUAUCCUUCGCUGAUGUGUAUUAGUUUAAACUCUAUCCAACUUCUGUCAGAUCAUCUUUGGUUAUUCUAUCUAUCUUUUGAUUACCUUAAAGAGGUUAAAGAAUGGAAGCAUGGAUCCUUUAGCAACAUUGAGUUGUCAUUUCAUUCUUACAAGCGAAGAGUAAAGGUGAAGAAUUGUGGUGUCUGUUUGUUAUCUUCUAUAUAUAUUACAUCACAACCAUCUGCCCAUUUUAUUGUUACAAGCAAAGAAGCAGCUUCUUCAUAUAAAGCUUCUUUAGCUUUUUCUUCAUCGUACCAUCAAUGGAUGUCAAAUGUUUUCCCUGGCAUCAGAGUCACGGACACUAGUAAUGCUUUCACCUAUUUAAAGUCAGAUCUAGCCUUGAGAUUUAUUAUGCCAGCCGAGAAGGAACAAGAGAAAGUAAUGGCAAUUAGAUCAAGACUCUUUGAGGCCAUUGAAGAAUCAGGGCUGUCAGUUAUUAUAUUUUCUAGAGACUGUGCUUCUUUACCUUGGUGCUUUGACGAACUUGUCAAGAUUGUCGGAUUCAUGGAUGAGAUGAGAUCGGACACUAUAUUUCCAGUUUCUUAUGAUGUCGAGCAAUCAAAGAUAGAUGAUCAAACAGAGAGUUACACAAUUGUCUUUGAUAAGAAUGAAGAAAAUUUCAGAGGAAACGUGGAGAAGGUACAAAGAUGGAUGGAUAUUCUCAGUGAAGUUGAGAUUUCAUCUGGAUCGAGAAGCGGCAUAGGAGCUCCAGCAACGCAGCAGCAGAUCCAGUUGAUCCAGCAGUGGAUCGAACUCCACCUCCACCAGCUCCACCUCCAGCUCCACCAGCAGCAGCAGCGGAUCCAACAUCUCCAGCGGCUCGAGCGGCGGCAGGGAUGGCUCCAGCUGCUCGAGCAGCGGCGGAUCCAUUGGAUCCAGAAGCGGGAGCACCAGCGGAUCUAUUGGAUCCAGAAGCGGGAGCAGCGGCGGCUGCUGGAGCGGCUGCGGCUGGAGCAGCGGCUGCUUGAGCAGCGGCUGUCUGAGCAGCUGCAUGAGUUUUGGUUACGAAUCUAACUUGCUUUAGCUUGAAGAUCAUCGUCAGUUUUCCAUGGAUCUAAUUUCUUAUUAGCUCUUGAUUUUCUCCUUGUUAAUUACCAUCAAAGUACAGCGAGUAGUGAUUUCAAGACAUCCUGUGUUGAGUGGGCGGAGGCAUGUAUGGGCUCGGGUGGGCUCUAGCCCCGGUCAAGAUUUUAUUAAUAUUUUUUGACUAGUUUUAUAUAAAGAAAAUUUGUAAUUCUCAAUUGAGGUAUCAAAAAAUUCUGAAAAUUUACGUGGAGUCUUCUAA